AUGAACAAGAAGUCGCUAAUAGAAUCUCUAGCACCACCGGAUUGGUUAGUGAGCAGACUACAGGUUCUCCAGACGUAUAGGUGGUGGUUGUUCUCUAUGCGCCCUGGACUACGAAGCAGAGCUGGCGAUCCGCCAGUUGAGACCCGGGUUACUCAAGCCGAAGCUCCCGCUGAAGCCGGAGAAGGGUCGGCCUCCGUGGUCCAAGAGCCAGCAGCAUGUUGCUCUCUUGAUGAAGCGCCGUGUACGCCGCGCAAAGCCCGGGCCUCUCGGCGUUCGAGGAAGCGGGUUCGGUUCUCUGAUCCUGGUUGCCACAUCGACCAAGAUAAUACCCCAGAGCAAAGCGAUCCAUCGACUGGACUAACACCACUCGUGUCGCGGACUACACUUCUCGCAGAUCAAACUGGAGAUGCCGCUGUUCAUACAUCACGAAGUGGUAGAAAACGGCGAGACUCGCGUCUGCGGCACUCUGAUCCUGCCAUUUAUUCCCAACUUCGACAGACACAGGCAGAGAUGGCAAUGUCAACCCCUGACUCAAACAUAUUCCGGUAUCUACGUUUUCAUGAUAUCCUUGAUCCGCGAUCUAGGAGGCGGAUACAACGCCUCGGCUUUAGUGAAGCAAUGAAUGAGAUUGAUCGAAGACGGAAAGAAGAGAAGAGGCUCCAGAGGCAAAAGGACGAGCAGAUGAGGCAACUGCAGAUGGAAGUCGAGUCGUUAAGAAACCAAAGGAUGGAGAUAGACUGCCAACAUUCAACCACAGAGGAGAGCGUUUGCAAGACCCCAGAAAGGAGUGAAAGGCAACACUCUCAUCCCAUAGAAGAAUCCUUAUUGACUCCCUGCCCGAAUACGAGCGGAGAUUCUGCGGCAAUAAUGGACGAUGACACGAUGGAUGAGGAUUUUAGCGCACCAAACAGCCCUCUAUGGACGCCCAUGGCCAGCAGUACUCCAAUAUCAACGUUUGGGCGUGCGGUCUCGUCAACAACUUUAUCCGACCCAAAUACGUUGGCCCAGAUUGAGCAGCUUACUAGUGAACUUAACGACAAAAACAGAGAUCAGUUGUACCUUUUUGAGGAAUGGCAAAGGAUCUCAGGACAGCCCAAUGCUGUUACCCAGGAUAAUGAAUCUGGAGAAGAACACAGCGCUUUACCCCCGCCUGACCUGGCAAAGCAGGUCAUUGCAACACUGCAAGAUGCAACUGUCAGGGCAGCUGAGGCAGUUCAAAAUGUGAAAGAUCUUCAAAGUGAGCUCUCUGGUCAUGGCUUUGAUGGAGAAAGUGCGGCGGAAAUUAUUGCCGGUAUCGAAGCGCAUUUCCGACAUGCAAGAGUGGAGCUCGAAAGGCUGGUUCCAGGGGAAACAGCAAACGCAAGCUUAUCAAACUGGAAAGCUAUUAUUGAUGCUUUAGUUGAUCGAAUCCACCGUUUGGUACGCGGAUUAACACAGGCCAAAGAUCAAAUUAAAAGUGGCGAGGAUCGCGAAAGAGCGCUAAGAAAGCAGUUCGAUGCCACUCUAUUCCGAUUGGAGCAAGAGACAAAGGAGAAAAACAAAUUAGGGAAAUAUGCGGAAUCGAUCGCGGAGGAUACGCUUAACAUGCGCAUCAAGCUACAGAAUAUGGAAAGAGACAUGAAAGAGCAAGAAACAGACAAGAUCCGGCUGCAAGAUGCGUUAAGCAAGUAUAGAGAGGACUUACUCAUGCUUGAGAGGCUGAAUUCAGAACUAGAAGACGAGGUGGCUGCUUCAGAGAAGAAAGCAGAGAAACUGACAAUGUUGAAUAACCGAAUGAGGGAUGCAGGCAAUCUCUCCCAGGCAAGAAUAUUUGAGCUCGAAGGCCGCCUCAAGAGAGAGAAGGAAACGACUGCAUCCAUCGAGGCGUCCCUUCAUCAAAGCGAUUUGAAGGUCUUGGAGCUUAACAAGAAGAUAAAGCUUCUUGAAACUGAGAAGGAAGAAGUGAUUUCUGCCCUGGAGAUGGCUGCCAAAGAACAGUCUGUCGAGCAUCAGAAGGAAGUUGGAAACCUCAACCUUCGUCUGUCCGCCAUCUCGACCUCGCUCAACGAAACCAAGGCCGAAAACGCAACUUUGCAGUCUGAAAAGGCACAGUUAGAGAAACGGCAGAGGAACAUGGAACGUAUAUCCUGGAAUGCAAUCCGACAGACCCAGCAGAAACAGCGCGAAGCCAUGAAGGCCAUUGUUGAAUGGCAAAACGGGAUCCAGCUACUGGCCAAGGAUGCUGGUCGACCAAGCACCUGUGGCGACGCCAUGGCUGGCCUACGACACUCCUUUAAUGGUUUCGGAAGCGAGCCCAUCACACCAGAGACCGUGAGCAGAUUCAAAAAUGUAGAGAUUGGGAAGGGGAAGAAACGCAGACGGUGUCCAGAUUCCGGGGUCAACAUGGUGGUUGAAGAAGACGUGUGGUCCGAGUCCGAAGCACUCCCUUCGAGUGCAUGCAAGCCUACAACGGCAUUCCCUAUUAUAUCACCAAUCUCUCCGCGAGCGUGA